AUGGCGCCGCGUCCGAGCUGUGUGCCUCAGCCCGACGGCCCCGGCGCGCACGGAACCCCGGGACCCUCCCGGCCCGGCCGAGCGGAGGGCGUGGACGCGGCGCCGCCCGCCGCCCCGCCCGCUGUCACCCGCCGUCACCCGCUGCAUCUGGCCGGCGCCCCUCCGCCCGCACCACGCCCUCGGGAGAGCCCACACCCGCGGCGGCGCUCUCCUGCUAGCGCCCCCCACUGGGGAGCCGAGCGCCGAGCUAGCGGACGGGGACCAGGCCGAAGGCGAGACCAGGCGCGCUGCGCCUGCGCACUGGCGCGCCGGGAGCUUUUUCUCGCUUUUCAGUCUCCUCCCGUUUGUACCUGGGAGCGGUUCUGUCCCUUUCUCACUCAGGCGGACUCAGCGGAGCGCGCAGACGCGAUCACUAGAUGCCCGGCGCAAGGAUGUGGCUACAGGACUGCGAGCUGGACCGGGGCGUGGAGCUUGUCCACCGCCCCGGCGACCCCGGCGAGGCCGCGUCCUGUCACCCCAGGUCCCGGAGCCAAGCACAGGGCUGAGGCGCAGGACCACUGCCGGAGAGAACAUCGCUGCGGUUUAUGGAAGAUCAGAAAGUUCGACGCCAUGGCAUCAUCAAUGAGGAUGAGGUGGACCAGGCGAUGCUGACAGGAAUGGAAAUUGCUGCAGUCAUUAUGG